AUGGCCUACAGUGAUUUAUGUCACAUAAGUAACGCGUUCAAAGCUGUGGAAAAUGAAGUUGAUCAGUCGGAACGUAUUAUGGAAGAGAAUGCCAUGGUCCGGGAUCUCAUCACGAAAAUCCUGGAUGAGACCGGACCCACAGAAGGGAGCAGUUCUAUGCCGCCACCGGAAAAAAGUGUAAACAGUAUACCACCGAGCUUAAGCCAAUACCCUACAGCCGAUGCAGCGUGCUCAUUCAUGCCGUCUCCCGCUUCCUUCCCCUAUAAUAAUAAUUUAUUUAACUUUACCAAUGAAAACGGAUAUAACUUCCACACCCCAAAUGGCUUCAGCGUAAACGGCUACGUCAAUUUUCCAGACAGUGACGUGAAUUCGCUCCUCACAAUAGAUCCUAUAAGUAAUGAGACUGUUACACCCGAGCAGCUAAACUUGCUACGCCUUGCUGCUCAAGAAAUAGGCGGUGCCCAAUUCCAAAGUCCUAAUAAAUUUGACGAUAAGUUCUACAAUUUCUUCGAGCCCAACCAAAGAAAUUCACUACCGGAAACCAACGUGUUCCCAAACACGUAUUCGAGGCCUAACAGUCUUAACAUAGACACGAACUACAAUUCAAAUUUUGAUGCUCCAUACAAUCAAAGGUUUCCAAAUAAGUUCGAGAAUGGUUUUGUAAAAGAACAGAAUCAAGAGUCGACAGAUUUGCUCGCUUAUCUGAACCAGCUCACCUUAUCCAAUGAUCGUCCACGAGACGAUUUGCUUCAAGGCGACUUCAAAAUGCCAUUAGAUUUGGGUGGAGCUUUCCAAGAUGAAUUGAAAAUGCAAGAGGAAAGGAACAAGAUGUUCUUCAACGGCAGGAACUUUCAGCAACCGAAUAAGUUUAACGGCGAAAAUUUCUACUUAAACGAUAUGAUGUUGCAAGUGUCCGAUAGGAAUUUGGGGCAAAAUUACGAUUUUUCCAAUCCAUCCAGCUCGCCAAUGUCAUACAAGCCGAAUGGUUUUCACCAGAAUGAGUAUUUGCAAAGGCGUGAUAUGAACCAAAUAGUGCAGGGCAGGGAUGGGUUUCCAAGUACAAAUGGGGAUAGAAGUUUCGAGAACUUGGCGCGGGAUAGCCCUCAGCAGGCGUUGUUAAGGCAGCAGGAAUUAGCGCGACAGAUGAGCAUGCUAAUAAGAAAUAGGCCACCGCCCAACCAAUUGAAUGUUGAUGUGUCCUUCUUGCAUGAAAACACUCCAUUUAAUCUAGGUCUGGGCGCCAUUUUGGGCCCGAGUCCGCCUCACGUGCCGCCACCAGUAUUACCUUCGCCGAUGUUGGACUUGCCUGUACUUGCGCCUUUCUACGCUAUGAGGAAUAUGAGAUCGCCAUCAACCUCAUCCAGCAUCCUCCACUCGCGUCUGGACGCGUGCUACGAGCAGUGGCGGCAGCUGGAGCGCGAGCGCAAGCGCACGGAGGCGCGGCUCGCGCUGGCGUACCCGGGCCGCGCCGUCUCCUCCUCCAACAGCAUCCCGGUGCCGCGCCUGCCGCCGUGCCCCACGCGCGUCGACCGGCUGACCGUCGAUAUGCUGCGGGAGCAUACCAAGGUUUUGACAUUGAUGGGGAAAAUGGAAACGUUACGGGCGAGCGUUUGCGUGGCACAAAAUAAAAAGCCAAAUAAAGUGGAAGAGAGUAAGAUAACAGUAUUAAAGAGAGGUCAGGACAAUGUUGCUGAGAAGGAAAUCGAUCCUGCUACCUUCGACCCGGCCAGCUGGAGAGAGGAUGUUAAGAACUUAGCUGAAAUUGCACCACACAGCGAGGUGGAAAGCGCGAUGCUGGCGUGGCGCAACGCGGUGGCGGCUGUGCAGGCGGCGCGUCGACGCGAGCUGGCGCCGCACGCGACACAUCCGUCACAUCCGUCAGGCAGAUACGCACGGACAGACCCAAUACUCCAGCUAGCAGCGGCUGUGAAGCAGCUGUGCAAUAGCGCCCGACGCGCGCGCUGCGCCAUGUGGUGUGACCUCACACUCACCGUGGCGCUCGCACCGCAUGCUAAUGAUAUUUCGCCGCCAUUACCAGCCCAAUCCUCACCCAAACAGUCACAAGAAAGCUCUCCAGCUGCAUUGAAUACCUCAAAAUCGACUGUGGAACAUAAAGAGGAGAAACCAUCCACCGAGACUCAACCGCCCAAAACGGAUGCCAAACAAGAUAACGAACAGAAGAACAAACAAACGGACAAAGAGAAGAACCAACGUCGGACACAAAACUACAGGAAAGUUAACAACCGAAACGAUUUCUAUCCGAAAAACCAAAGGUACGACAAUCGUUUCGUACACAGACAUCCAUAUCAUUACUUGGCAACCGGGCCUAUAAAU